GGCGCUGAUGGCUUCGGCGCUGCGAUAGUCGACCGUUUUCAUCAGGAUGGGAGCAAAGUCAUCUUCAUCGAUCUGAACGAUGUCAAAGGAAGCGCAAAAGCAGCCACAAGUCCCGACCUUACCUUCAUCCAUGGAGAUGUAACAAGCGUAGCAAUUUGGGAGCAAGCUCUGGCUGUUGCCGAAAAAGAGUACGGUCGGCUGGAUGUCGUGGUCAAUAACGCGGGCAUCACGCUCGUGCCCUCGCCUGUCCACACAUUGUCAAUGGACCUAUACGACAAGAUCCUCAACGUCAACCUUAGACCUGUUUUCCUGAGUGCACAAGUCAUCUGCCCUUUUAUGCUGAAGCAAGGAGGUGGUAUCUUCAUCAACCUGACGAGCACUGGAUGCACGCGCCCGCGGCCAGGAUUCGCCUUCUACAACGCCGCCAAGGCGGGAGUAAAUCUCGCCUCGAAGACCAUGGCGCUGGAAUAUGCCCCAACCAUUCGAUUCAAUUGCAUAAGUCCCGCGAUUGGCGACACGGCCAUGCUCGAGAGAAGCAUCGGAAAUGAUAAUCAAUCAGCCGAAAAGCGUCGCAAAAUUGAAAACGGUCUGCCAUUGAAAAGGCUUACCAAGCCGACCGAUGUCGCGAACGCGGCGUGGUUCCUCGGUUCAGACCAGGGGUCUUUUCUUACUGGCACAACGAUUGAAGUAGAUGGCGGCCGAGGUAUCUAA